AUAAAAAUGAAAUCAAUUCAGAUCCUAAAGUAAAUUCGGUAUUGCAGCGUUAUGGCGGUUAUACUAGUGAAACAACCAAAUCUGAAUUAGACAGCUACCACGAUCAGAAUAUUGAGCAAAACACACAUUUUCAUGACCAGGGUAAGGUUGGCGCACAACUUGGUAUAAUAAUGAACGCUAUAACUGAGUCAAUUUCAUCAAUAAAGCAAACCACUAGUCCUGCUACUUUAAGGAAAAAUAAUGUUGACACAGUUUCGAAAGGAAAUGACACCAUACACCAAACAAUUGAUAAUACACAUAAAAGUGACACUUCUCUUUUGAGUAAUCAUUCCAAACCUUUAGUGAAGAGAAGUGACUAUUAUGACUAUGGAAAUUAUGAUGGACCAUUGUAUGGCACACUUCGUCAGCAGUGGACAGAUUAUCGCGAUGAUGUCAAUGUUAAUAAUGGGGACUUUCCUUCUAGUACAAAUGAAAAUGAUCCAUUUAUGGGCGACAAUGGCCUCAAGGCACCUUCAGAUGAAUAUCAUCUUCCUUGGAUUGAUCUUGGUCAACUAUUGGUAGAUGAAGAUGCCGUAGAUGUCCCUACAGUGAAUACCAACGGUAAUCAAGAGCUUGGAAAUACACAUAUAAAUCGAGACAAUAUCGAGUAC